CUGCCCUGGCACGGCUGGCCAUCCCCUUUGCAGCUGCCUCGUCCGCAUCCUGGAGGCUGCGGAGCCUCUCCCAGCAUUGCCCCCGCACCGGGACGGUCUUGAGGAUGCCCCAGAGGAAAGGGAAGCGAAAAGCAGCCGGAGGGGAUGAGGCCGAGGCCGUGGAGCUGCCACCGGAGCAGAAUAAGCAGGAGGCAGCUCCAGGRAGGCUGGAGGAGGCCGUGCGGGAGGCCCGGCGAAAGGCAGCCCCAUCCGUGCGGGAGUUCAAGUUCAACAAAAAGCGGGUCCGUCUGGUCUCCCGGGGCUCGGAGCUCAAGGACGAUGCCAAGUGCAUCCUUUACUGGAUGUGCCGAGACCAGCGUGUGCAAGAUAACUGGGCUUUCCUCUACGCCCAGCGGCUGGCGCUCAAGCAAGAGCUGCCUCUGCACGUCUGCUUCUGCCUGGUGCCCAAAUUCCUGGACGCCACCAUCCGCCACUACCGCUUCAUGCUGCGGGGCCUGCAGGAGGUGGCCAAGGAGUGCGCGGAGCUGAACAUCCCCUUCCACGUGCUGCUGGGCUACGCCAAGGACGUGCUGCCCGCCUUUGUGCUGAGGCAUGGCGUGGGCGGCUUGGUCACCGAUUUCUGUCCCCUCCGUGUCCCCCAGCAGUGGGUGGAGGACGUCAGGGAGCGGUUGCCGGAGGACGUGCCGUUUGCCCAGGUUGAUGCCCACAACAUCGUGCCCUGCUGGGUCACCUCCCCCAAGCAGGAGUACAGUGCCUGGACCAUCCGGAACAAGAUCCACAGUCAGCUCCCAGAGUUCCUCACCGAGUUCCCUCCGGUCAUCCAACACCCGUAUCCCCCCUCCACCCCAGCAGAGCCCGUCGCUUGGGAGGCCUGUGAUUCCAGCCUGCAGGUGGACCGCAGCGUGAAGGAGGUGGCGUGGGCGACCCCYGGCACGGCGGCAGGGCUCGCAGUGCUGCAGUCCUUCAUCGCCGAGCGCCUCCAGUCCUUCGGCUCCCACCGCAACGACCCCAAUAAGGCAGCUCUCAGCAACCUGUCCCCGUGGUUCCACUUCGGCCAGGUGUCCACCCAGCGAGCCAUCCUGGAGGUGCGGAAACACCACAGGAAGUACAAGGAGUCCGUGGACAUCUUCGUGGAGGAGGCCGUAGUGCGGCGGGAGCUGGCUGAGAACUUCUGCUACUACAACAAGAACUAYGACAGUGUUCAAGGUGCCUACAGCUGGGCCCAAACGACACUGCAGCUCCAUGCUAAAGACAAGAGGCCUUUCCUCUACAAGCUAAAGGAACUGGAGCAGGCGAACACGCAUGACCCACUCUGGAAUGCUGCCCAGCUCCAGAUGGUCCGGGAGGGCAAGAUGCACGGCUUCCUGCGGAUGUACUGGGCCAAGAAGAUCCUGGAGUGGACGCGCUCCCCUGAGGAGGCUCUGCAGUUCGCCAUCUACCUCAAUGACCGCUACGAGCUGGACGGCAGGGAUCCCAAUGGAUACGUAGGCUGCCUCUGGUCCAUCUGCGGCAUCCACGACCACGGCUGGACAGAGCGGGCCGUGUUCGGCAAGAUCCGCUACAUGAACUACGCCGGCUGCAAGAGGAAGUUUGACGUGGGCCAGUUCGAGCGCCGCUACGGCCCCCACAAGCGCCACAAGUGAGCGGCGCUGCGGCACCCCCGUUGCAGACAGGGUCAGGAGCAAGUUUGGGACAAGCUGCUUGUGCUCCUCCGUGCUUGGGGCAGACGAUGCCUUUGCCAAGGUGCUGUUUGCUGCCCUGUCGCAAUGCUGCCCUGGGUGCUGCCGGAGGAGAUGCCGCAGGAAGGAGAGGGCACCAGGGUGCUGCAGGUUUCUUUCCUCUGGCUUCGUUGCCCUGCUUUAGCUCCUGUGCAGGUCGGCUGUGCGAGUGCUUUCUUGGAGCCCAUGCAGGGCAGUCACAGCUUUACUCCUGUCUGUGAGAUUCCACCCUCAGCCUGCUGGAAUAAGCCGUGCUCAGGAAUAAGCCAAAGUUGCCUUUGCUGCUGCUAACCCCAGCUUAGCUUAURGCCUAGCAAGGCUUUUCUGGGGAAAAGCUCUAAGAAAAUGACCUCCUCCUGCCUGGCUUCC